AUGGCUCACACAGAUUCAAUCAUCACAAUCGACGGCAAUUCGGGUGAAACUACCAGGAGUAUUGAUAUUUUUUGUGCAUUAGUCGACGAAAAUAUCUCCCUAUCAACAGCAUAUAUCAAGCAAAUGAAAAAAGUAGGGAUUCUGGACGAGUUUCUAGCUAUUGUCAAACAUGAAUCCAAACGAAAUCAACAACUCACCAGUGUUUUAGCCAAAUUUGGAAUUAAAAUCGAUCCACAGUUUUAUCGACAACUCAUACGACAUGAUUUAUUGACACCUCUAGUGGAAGCAGUGAAAGAAAUUCAUUAUGAUAAGCAAGUCAAAGAGCUCGGCAGUUUAAAACGAUCCUACGAUGAAAGUGAUGCAAAUGGCAAUGAAGAGGAUCACUCAAGUAAACAAUUAAAACUUACUCAAGAAUAUCUGACUGAUCCUAUACCUGAACUGUUUUCACUUCCUUCACUAAAUAAUAAUGAAGAUGAUGAAUAA